CGGCCCUCGGGCUUCUUAUACGGGCGAGAGUGGCGAGCGGCAGCCCAGAGCUGGAGCGCCGCGCAGCGUCGCCCUCCCCCUCCCUCGGCGCGCCCGGCAGCAGCCGCGCUGGACCACCGCCGCCUCCGAGGCGCCUCUCCCGCAGUUAUGGAGAAAACUUCUACAGAUGCACUUCCUCUCACUAUGAAUUCUUCAGAAAAGCAAGAGACUGUGUGUAUUUUUGGAACUGGAGAUUUUGGAAGAUUGCUGGGACUUAGAAUGCUUCAGUGUGGUUAUUCUAUUGUUUUUGGAAGUCGAAAUCCCCAGAGGUCCAGUCUGCUGCCCAGUGGUGCAGAGGUCCUGAGCUAUUCAGAAGCAGCCCAGAAAUCUGACAUUAUCAUCGUAACAAUCCACAGGGAGCAUUAUGAUUUCCUCACAGAACUAACUGAGGUUCUCAAAGGGAAAAUAUUGGUGGACGUCAGCAACAACCUCAAAAUCAAUCAGUAUCCGGAAUCGAAUGCAGAGCACCUUGCUCAGUUGGUGCCCGGAGCCCACGUAGUAAAGGCGUUUAACACCAUCUCAGCCUGGGCUCUCCAGUCAGGGGCACUGGAUGCCAGUCGGCAGGUGUUUGUCUGCGGAAAUGACAGUAAAGCCAAGCAAAGAGUGAUGGACAUUGCUCGUGCUCUUGGACUUACUCCACUGGAUAAAGGAUCUCUCAUGGCAGCCAAUGAAAUUGAAAACUACCCACUGCAAUUAUUUCCAAUGUGGAAGGCCCCCUUCUAUUUGUCUGCUGUUCUGUGUGUCUUCUUCUUUUUCUACUGUGUAAUAAGAGAAGUAAUCUACCCGUAUGUUAACGGAAAACAAGAUAGCACAUUUCGCAUGGCUAUUUCCAUUCCGAAUCGUGUCUUUCCCAUAACAGCACUGACACUGCUUGCCCUGGUUUACCUCCCUGGUGUUAUUGCUGCCAUUCUGCAGCUCUACCGAGGUACAAAAUACCGCCGAUUCCCAGACUGGCUUGACCACUGGAUGCUCUGCAGAAAGCAGCUUGGCUUGAUAGCUCUGGGAUUUGCCUUCCUUCAUGUCCUCUACACACUUGUGAUUCCUAUUCGUUAUUAUGUACGGUGGACGUCGACAAACAGAACCAUUAACCAGAUAACAGCCAAGAAAGAAAAUCCAUUUAGUACCACUACUGCCUGGCUUAAUGAUUCAUUUAUAGCUUUGGGAAUCCUUGGAUUUUUCCUGUUUGUGCUCUUGGGAAUCACUUCCUUGCCAUCAGUUAGCAACAUGGUCAACUGGAGAGAAUUCCGAUUUGUCCAGUCCAAGCUGGGUUAUCUGACCCUGAUCUUGUGCACAGCACACACCCUCGUGUACGGCGGGAAGCGAUUCCUCAGCGCUUCUGUCCUCAGGUGGUAUCUUCCUUCAGCCUAUGUGAUAGCGCUGAUCAUCCCCUGCACACUGCUGGUGAUCAAGUUCAUCCUCAUUCUGCCAUGUAUAGACAAGACCCUCACACGGAUCCGCCAGGGCUGGGAAAGGAACCCGAAAUUCUCGGACUCGGCAUUGAAUGGAAAGACAGAUAUUUAAAGCAAAGUUCACUUCACCUGGACUUCUGGACUACGGUGCUGUAUGUUUAGAGAAUAUUGAUGGGUGCAGUGAAGAAAGCAUUUUUUUCACACCAUGAAGUUUGUGAACAAAGAAAGAAUUCAUGCCUGACUUUGAGAAAUGGACACCAUUUUAUCCUGUAACGAAUCAGUGCUGGUCCCUGCCUCUCUGUUUCCCGGAGGCAGCAGGGCUGAGGUCAUGAUUAGCUUUGUGCUUUCACACGCUAAGAAGCUUCUUUGUUGUAGGCAACAUGCAUGACCUAAUGUCUUGCAAAACCUAGCGGAAGCAUAUGCAACUUCCUUGUGGAGUGAAAGAGAAAACAGUAAGAUGGUGGCCACUGAUACCAACUUCAUCAGGCAAGUGUGAAGAAGAGGACAAAUGAAGGAAGUAACAGGAAUAAGAUUUUUUUGUUUGUUUUUUGGAUGUGCAGGUGACCAUAAAUAUUGCCAUGGUGAUUCUGUAAUUAAGUUAAACCUCUGGUUUUGCUUUUACCGAUAUGGAUGUGUACCAUAGGGAACUAUUU